UCGUGUGGCAGUCCUCGUCGUUUGCCUCCUUGUCAGCGCUAAUGCUCUGCACGUGGGCCAUAUACUCGAUCCUGGUGACGGCGGCAACACCACGGUGACGCCGUCUCCAGAUCCCAGCGAAUACGGCCGGCUAGGUUUUGUCAAACUGGGUGUCGCGAUGGCCAUGUUUAUUAGCGUGCUGAUAGCCUGCGGCCUGCCAAUCCUCAUCCUCGACUGUAUUCAGAAGCGCACCGACGAUGCGGCCUGCUCCCUCACCACCCUCUCACGCGGCGGACAGGGAGUUUCCUCGUCUAGC